AUGACUACCACCCGCAUAGGCAGUAUCUCUAAAGUAUGUUGCUCUUCUGGUGAUGAUAUAAUAUAUCAGAUGAAACCACUUCCUGAUGAUGAAUCCGAAAGACUGUUCUACAAAAGAAUAUUUCCUCAAGGAAGUAAGUGUCCUGAUGAAUUGGGGGAGGUAUCUAGGAAAAUCUUAAAGAAAUGUGGUGGAGUACCACUAGCCAUCAUCACUAUUGCUAGUAUUUUAGCUAGUAAUGGUCAAGAUCAGCACAUAAAGCCAAAGUAUCAUUGGGACAACAUACUUGGCUCUAUUGGUCGUGGACUUGCAGAAGGUGAUAGUGCAAAGGACAUGCAGAGAAUAUUGUCCUUUAGUUAUUACGAUUUACCUUCCCAUUUGAAGACUUGUUUAUUAUAUCUCAGUAUAUUUCCAGAGGAUUUUGAGAUAAGGAGAGACUGGCUGAUAUGGAUGUGGAUAGCCGAAGGCUUUGUGCAAGGUGGAGAACAAGAAACUGGACUAUUUGAGCUUGGAGAGAGUUACUUCAAUGAGCUCGCAAAUAGAAACUUGAUUCAACCAGUACAUUUUGAUGCUACCGGCAAGGCUCAAGCUUGUCGCGUGCAUGAUAUGGUGCUUGAUCUGUUAUGUUCCCUGUCUAGUGAACAAAACUUUGCUACAAUAUUAGAUGGUACACAACAAAGCAAAUCUAUUUCACAUAGCAAGAGUCGCAGAUUAUCUUUUCAAAAUAGCAUGUCAGAGCCCACCACCAAUCUGGUCAAUGCCACAAGUAUGCCACAAGUGAGGUCUGUUGUUCUUUUUAGAACAAAUAUUGAUCUAAUCAGAACUAUUUCAUGCUUUCAAGUUUUACGUGUAUUGGAUUUAGAAGGUUGUGAUCUUGGGAGAAAUGGCCAUGAUGUUGAUCUCAGGUAUAUUGACAAUUUAUUACACCUAAGGUAUCUAGGGCUCAGAAGCACUUUUGUUCGUGAGCUCCGUGUGGAAGUAGGAAAUCUACAGUUUUUGGAGACACUUGACUUAGGAUCAAGUAUAGUAAGGAUUCCGUCAAGUGUUGUCUGUCUAGGACGUUUGAUAUGCCUAAAUGCAGGCUAUUCGGUGUUACCAGUUGGAAUCGGGAACCUGACAUCCUUAGAAGAGCUGAAAGGAUUACCGGUGGAUGUGAAAGAGUUAGGGCAACUGGUCGAGCUGAGAGUGCUCGACCUUCAUUGGAAUGGGGACGAUGAGAGCAUGUCUAAUUCUUUGGUGGUGUCCUUGGGCAAGCUGCGGAAAAUGCAGCGUCUCACAAUUUAUGGUUGUGUAGGGAAUGCAAGGUCUGAUGUCAGCUGGGAUGGUUGGGUGCCCACCCCACAGCUUCGGUACCUUUGGUUUCGCAGAUGCACCACCAAAUUGCCUAGGUGGGUUAAUUCAUCAUUGUUUCCCUUCCUCUCCUUCAUGAAUAUUGAGGUGGACAGAGUCCAGCCUGAAGUCGACAUUCAGAUCCUCGGGAUGUUUCCCGCUCUUCGUGUUCUCAAUCUUUGGGCAAAAAGAUCUCAGUAUACUCGUGUUGAAACGUUCGUUGCUAGCGUCGUUGUUGGCGCUAACGCAUUCCCAUGUUUGAGAGAGUGCAUCUUCUAUGGAUUUCUCACGGUGCCAUCUAUGUUUCCACGAGGAGCUAUGCCAAGGCUUGAAAACCUGCUAUUCGAUGCCCGAGCGUCGGACAUUGCCAGUGGUCAGCUGGAUGUUGGCAUGGCGCACCUUCCUUCCCUCCGGAAAGUGCAGGUUUUCUUUUGGCUUGAGGAAGGCAGCUCUUCGGAUAAGUGCGUGGAGGAAGCUAAUGUUUUGCUGAGGCAUGCAGCGGACACCUGUCCCAGCCGUCCCACCCUUCAGACCUAUCAAUAUCAUUCUUAA